CCUCUGAGACCUGCGAGGAAAUAUAUCACAUAUAGCUCUUGUGGAUCGGGGCGAUACUUUAGUGAAGCUGAUAGGAGACCACCCAUGCCCGGUGUGGAGAAUUUGGGCGUGCGACAAAAAUGACAACUGAACCUGUGCAACCAGCCAAACGCAGGCCUGGCAGGCCGCCGCUUAACCGCUCAGUAGGACAGACCCGAAAUGAACCAGCGAAAGUGAAAGCCGCGCCGCCUACCUCACAUCCACACGCAGCGGCUUCUCGGCCAGGAAGGCCACGGGGGAGCGGAUUAGCGAGCAGGGGAACGAGAGGUCGUGGAAGCAGUAAUGGUAAUGCCCUGGUUACAGGUGCCACCAGGGGACGACCGCGAAGCUCGAAGGAUUCGCAUCCUAUCAAGAACCCCAUCAAAUCUGCUGGGCGAUAUCCCGCGAAAGCUACGACUGCGAGAAAGGCCAAAUCGAAAGAUGCAGGUGCUCGAAUGAACGGCGCAUGCACAGAUUCGGAUGAGGAGCCCUUGUCCAGCAGACGAGCAUCUUUACUCCCUGCGUUUGAGAUACACAAACGGCACGUCAUCGAUCAGCGGAAACAGCGUCUUGGGCAGAUACUGGACUCAUACGACAGUCGCGUUCGGGAAAUGUACUAUCUCGAAAAUCAGUUGCCGCUCCUGGAAUAUGAUCCGGCGAAGCUGAAGGUGGACAAAGGAGAGCGCAUUGCUAAGGUUGUUACACUAUGCCGCAUCUUCUGCUUGAUACUUACGUGCCCACGUGUUCUGACAUCGUUCAGCUUUCGCUCACUCUAAUGGGCUUUCCCAUAGUAUUUGCAAAACGUUGACCUCCGUUCCAACGUCGCGAAUGAUCUGGCCGAAAUUCGGUCAAAAGCUAUCAGAGAUGCACAACGCCCGGAUCGGUAUGGCACUCGCGGGCAUACGAACCGAGAUUCUACCUCGCUACACUAUCUAGUAGAAGAAACUGCUGU